AUGGACCUCAAACAAGUCGCAGUAGAUCGCUAUGGCAGUAGAGAUGAGUUGGUUCAAAGAGGUGUCUGGAGGGGCGAAUUGUAUAGGUAUGCUGAUACAGAUAAGGGUAGAGGAUGGUUAUGGAAGGCAUUGAUAGCAGAAGAGCAAGCGAACAAUGGUAACCAAUUUGAUAAGAGGCACCAAAUGCAUGUAAGACGACUGACUCCACCUGCAGUACCAAAAUUGACGGCCCCACUCGAAAAACCGGUUAUCGAACUAGAUUUGAGGAGGCUCAACGAUGCGGAGCUAUUACAGCCAGAAGUACAGAAAACUCUAUUAGAACUAAUGAUUCGUGUAUUGACAAUCCACAACUGGACGUACAAACAGGGAUUUCAUGAACUACUCGGGACCAUCUGGCUGCAACUCCGAGAGCCAAAUUCUACAAUGACCGUAUUUGAAAAAAUGAUGGAACAAGUGGUCCCGAUUUUCUACAAUGAAACUAGGCUCGCACAGUGGGAAAAGCAUAUCUUUGCACCGUUGCUCAAAGUUUGCUCGCCAAUCUUGCAUGAUCAGUUGUACAGAGAAGGAAAUCAUACGAACCUCCUAUGGCUUCUACGAUGGACGAGGGUGCUUUUCCUAAGAGAGCUACCCAUGGAUUACGUUCUAGUCAUCUGGGACCACAUAUUAACGGGAACCUACCCGAUAGAGACGCUAUUAUCAGGAAUUAUUGUGGUUCUUCUGCUGAAUGUCUAUGGAGAACUGAGUCACCCUGAGUGCGACGACGAUGAUUUAGUGGAGAUUUUACUAAACUACAACGAAUCCGUUAGUUCGCUAGUGGACUCAGCAGAGCUUUGUAGAAUGGGGUCGAGACUGGUGGAGCUGUGGUUUCUGCAAGACGUCAACUCCCUGCGGAUGAUCUGCAAUACUUUCCUCAAGUUACGAUUUAACGUUAAUCAAGUAGACAAUAAUAAUAGCUAG